UGAAAUUGAUGAUGUAGAUGAUACUCCUGAGAAGCGAAUGAUUGGAGAAUACCUUCUAUACUUAAGGAGCAGUACUCGAGCUACCAAUUAAGAUGUUAUAAACAUUCUAUGGAAAAUGCAAGAUGUGGUGAAAUGGUACGUUACUCAUUCUCUAAAUGAUGUGAGAGAGAAACUCAGGGAUACACAUAAUUUGCAUUUGGAUAAUUACGUAGAUGUUGAAGAAAUUAUUAAUAAUAUCGACUGCAGUCAAGGACUUAACAGCAUACAAAAGAAAGAUCGGUAUUUCCAAAAAAAAUUUAAUGUUGUGGCCCCAAACAGAAUUUUGUUAGGUGAAAAGUUUGUUCCUUAUGGAACUUCAACAAUUGAUGGAAAUCAGCCUGUCACUAUUAAGCCAGAUGAAUUUAUUCAUGUUCCCAUUACUGAUGUUUAUGGAAUGAACACAAUUUUACAACAUGUCGUCAACGAAAUCAAGAAACUUGAAAAUGGGAUUGUCUUGUCAGAUGAUGAGGUAAUUUAUGGAACAAUGUCAACGGUACUUGGUGACAAUCUGGGAGUACAAAAAUUAUGCGGCUUUAGAAAUUCGUUCAGUGCACGGUUCUCAUGCCGUGUUUGUAACGCGACACUAAAUGAAAUGAGAGUUAUGUGCAAAGAAGAUGAAACCAAAAUUCGAUCAUUGGAUGAAUAUACCCGCCAAACUCAAGAUAUUGAAGAUGCUAUUGAAGAAGAAGAUAAAGCUACGCUGAGAACAAGAUAUGGAAUCAAUCGUAGAACAGUGCUCACGGAAAUUGAAAAUUUUGAUCCUACACAAACACCUCCAGAUUUGACCCACGAUGAUUGGUUAGGAAUUUGUGUAAUAACAACGAAGAUGUUUUUAAAAGAUAUUUGUUGUACAUUAGGUUUGAUAACAAUUCAAGAAUUGAAUCAAAGAAUAUCUGACUUCGAUUACGGUUAUGCAGAAAAAUCUUCCAAACCAACACCCAUCAACGAAAGACAAUUGUUAGAUCCAUCUCUAGGUUUUAAACAGACAGCAGCACAAAUGGCACAAUUAGUGACAAUGUUGCCAUUAAUUGUGUCAGAUAGAGUUGUUCCUGGCUUGCCUUCGUUGGAGAAUUAUUUAAAAAUGAUAGAAAUUAUAUUGAUAUCUCAUGCAGACAAAAAACUCCAAAGCAGCAUUUUUUAUUACAUCGAAUAAGAGCGAUCCUAAGAUUCGGACCUUUACAACAAUAUACAACUAUGAGAGCGGAAUCAAAACAUCAAUUUUUCAAACGCAUUGCUCAGUGCAUGCGUAAUUACAAAAAUUUGCCAUUGACACUCGCUAAGAAACAUCAAUUACAUCAGGCAUACGUUUUGAAUGGAAGUUUAGAACGAGAGAUUACCAAAGGUCCAACAAAGUGGGUUCCCAUCAAUCUACUUCCAUUUAGAGCAUUGUUUCCAGAUGUAAGGCGCCUUCUUCUUGCUAACUGGGUAAAAAUAAAUGGCAUAAAAUAUGUCUCUUUGAAGUGCUUUCUAGUAGCAAAUUAUACUGAGCAAAAUAUGCCCGAGUUCGCAGGGUUGCACGCUAUUAUCUGGAGAAAUGAUAGUCCGAUUUUCGUAUGCCGCAAAGUAAGGACAAUUCAACACAAUGUUGUGGUAAUGGCGUAUGAAAUUGAAAUCGAUGAAGAUUUUGUAUACUUCUCAAUUGAUGAUUUGUUGUCAGUAGAAGUAUUUCACGCACACAGAUGGAAUGAUAAACAAUUCAUCAUAUUGAAAAAAGCUCUUGGUGAUUUACACUAACUUACUUCCUGCAGGUAGCAUGGGAAUUAUGAGGAUUAUUGGAUAUUAAUUAUUGAUUUCUGAAACUUAAUUUUGUUUCUAUACUCAUCACCUUUUGUAGCACAUCAUAAAAUUAAAA